AUUUAUUUUAAUAUCAGAUUGACACACAACGCACACUCAUCGAGUGAAUUCUGGAAGUUUGUGAUGAAAAACGUGUUCACGUAAGGUUACUUUUUCUUGUUUCGUCGUAACCUGUGAAGGCGUACCCUAGUGCAAUGUCAAAGAAUAUAAUCACUGGAGUAAUGUCUACAAAAAGGUGUUUUAUAAAGUACAUCAUCAUCUCAUGCGUGAUGAUCGCGGUGACGAUGAUCAUCACCUUGUUGAUAUCGAGCAUAGACGAUCUAAAUGUUCCUAUCCCGGAGAAUACAUCCACUACUUUGAUGUUCAGCUGUGGAAUUCUCGCGUUAGGCUUGCUACUUGUUCCAAAUCUUGAAGGAACAUCCCCGGUGAACUACAUAUUAGCUGCAGUGAGCACAGAAGAGCUAAAUUGUCGACGGGCUGUUGAAGAAAAUCGGAAGAAUUAUCAGUUGGUUACUCAAUCCAUAAUUGCGGUAUUUAUUUCGUCCUUUGCUUUGGCAAUCACUACGUCAGCGAUUCAAUUGUGGAGUCUGUUAUCAUGGUCAGUGACUAUAUUCCUCGCAGUGAUUGCAAUAACACUUGGGUACAAAAUGAAGCGUCUGGGUCUGAAAGGCUACUAUGUCAUCGGUGAUGUGAUAUUUGGAUUGAUGCUUAGCGGUGCCAUAUCUUUCAUCGUAUUUUUCUCUUUUCACUUUCAAGUAAGUGGCAUUUGGAUCAGAAGAAUGACUGCCCUGAUCAUUUCACUAGUUCGACAGACACAACUCUGAAAUUAUUACUGAUCAAUUCGUGAUGGAUAUAUUGAUAGAUGGAACUACUCGUAAAUGAAUGUUAGUCAUAGAGUAUGCUACAACUCAUGAAAUGCAUCAUCACACCUUAUAUAGCAUCACACUUCCGAGAUUACUACAGUGUCAUAUUUCAAAAUGGCUCUUGUCAUCACUGGAGUCACUAGCGUCACUGAUUCAUUAUGCUCUGUGAAGACGAAAUUCGACAACUCUGACCAUGCAAAACGAUCACUGUCAUCAUACAUCUUGAAUUGACAUUAUGUGCUUCAUGUUCACCACACGGAAGACUAGUGGAUUUCCAUUGGAGUUACUAUUAUCAUACACCAUGCACACUUGAGAUAUUAACAAACGCUGAAUACUGGUUUACAUCGGCUUCGUCAUGUGCAUUGCGAACUUACCGAAAAUUGUAAACAUUGUUAAAUUUGUUACCAUAUUUUUGAGAUGGACAGUUACUUUUCCGUUACAUCAACGCUUUAUAAGCAUGACUUUCUUACUUGCUUUUCCUUGCAGACAAUUGCCAAUGCAGUAUUGAGUGGGAUUCUAGUACUCGGUUUAAUUGUGGCAUUGCUUCUCAACGGACAAGAAUUAAAACGUUGUAAUGAUAUGGUGACCGACUCUUUACUAUCAUUCAAGCUGGCUUUACUCACCUGGACGUUAGUGUUUCUGCAGUAUAUUACCGCGUCACAUUUCAUUGCAGUGUUCAUCUUUCCGUGACAUCCCAUUUCUCAAUAGACUGGUUUGUACAUCACAUACUAUC